AACGAUCUAGUUUACCAAUGAAACCUGUCAUUGGGUCAAAUGCUGUCUGACUUGUUCCAUACCGAUUGCCAGACAGUUCUUGGCACACUGAUUUUGACUACAGAUUACUCCGAUUACCUGAUCAAGAUAUCAGGCUCAUGACGAAUGUGACCGGUCGACAAGGGAUGCUUACUCCUCUGAGGCACCUGAUCCCACCUCUGGUGUUUGCCCAACCCUAUUUUGUAUUGCUUAUAGGAGUUAUAAGAUUGAUCACUGUUCGUUAUAUUCACCUUAAAAUAUGUAUGACGUAUAUAAUCAUAAUAAACUAUGCUUAACGUCGUUAAUCAUAUUAUAUAAGCACCUUAUCCCACCUCUGGUAUAACCAGGGAUCAGUGUUUGCACUGGUCUUAAUUUGAUAUAGCAGUUUAGAGAUUGAUCACGGUUCGUUGUUUUCACCUUUUCAUUAAACUGUUUUACUUUGAAAUAAAUACACCCUGUUUACUUUGAAUCAUUAGUAACACGAGGAUGGAACCACCUUAAUGUGAUAACUGUAAAAUCAAUGGUUUCAUAAAAUAAUUACUUAUAUUCGCAAACAAUUUCUAGCCUCAUUAACCAUAGUGAAUAUAAAACCCUUGAUUUGAAUAAUUUAAUAAAUGACUGCUAUAUAAUGAUAGAAUUAAGAUUCUUUAUUUAUAUGGCAUCAUAUGCUGUCAAUAAUAGUAUUUCCCUUUUAAUUAUAUGUAGAUAUUGAUGAAGGGGGUGAGGGGUGCUGUUAAAGAUGUCAACAAAUCGAGUUUGUUUUUCGUCAUUGAAUCGGAGGACGACAUUGAAAAGAAGAAAACAUUGGUUAGGAAUCGCUUCUCUUGCCUAGCUGCUAACGUCAUCAGAGCAAAUGGGGACAAAAGCGCCAUCUACGAUGGAUUGUAUACCAUAUUGGAAAAAAAAAGUCGAACUUUUUAUCUGAUAUCGAAAUGAAAGUUAUGACACGACAAGUCGGUUUGUACAAGUCUCAGCUGAAUAUUCUCAUGGAAAAACUUCAUUUCAGAAACCAUAAAACAGCCUCAAAAUUGACACAUGCUUGCAUCAGAAAAAUCAAACGUGGAAAACCAUUUGGAGUCAUUGGAUAUAGGCUUUGUGGUGACACUUUGUGUAUCUUAGAAAUCGAACAAGCUGUAACACAGAACGAAAAGCAAAUGGUACCAAUUAGGAAAUCCAUCAAAGAGAAUUUUGUUGGAAAGGUCAUAUUUCACACAGUAAAAAGUUCGUCUUUUCAUCCACAUUGCAAUGUCAAAUGUGGAGGUUAUCUGUUAAACAGAAAUGAAGAUAACUGUAGGAGCGGCACGAUAGGAAUAUUUGGCGAAAUGCGACGCACUCGUCCCGAAGAUUUGUCAGUUAGUUCAGAGGUGGUUGUUUUGUCUUCAGGACAUAUCAUUUCUGAUGGAGAAAUUGCAAAUAUUUCUGUUAAUGAUGACAUCAAGAGAAUUGGUAUAUGCAUCUGGCCAAUUGUGAAAGAUAAGCAUAGUUCAAAUUUGCAUGACGUAUCGGUUGUCUUGUUAGAUAAUUCUGUAUUAACAAAACUGCAAAGAAGCAUUCUGAAGAAAAAUGUCAUUGUUGAUGAACUCUCGAGGGCAGUUCUGACAUACCGAAAAGUUUUCAAAUACGGAGCAACAACAGGAAAAACAGAGGGAUUUAUCCAAAAGAUCGAUGAUUUUGAGAUUUUUGGUGGUGACGUAAUGAUCAUUGUGCCGAAGGCCACUGAUGAUGAGGACAGGAAAUUCUCAGAUGAAGGAGACAGUGGAGCUAUCGUAUUAACCAAGAUAGGAAAUGAACAUCAUGCUAUCGGAAUGGUUUAUGGAGAUCAGUUGAAUCUUCCGCAAGCAGAGUGCGCAAGCGCAAGCAACGAAUCUAUUGCAAUCGGGUUGAAGAGAGCAGUGGAUCGUUUUAAAAGUCAAACAGGGGCGGUUAUUGAAUUCGAUGAAAUAUGAAAUCAGUUUUAAUGUCCUUCAGUACUGAAAGGUCACAAGAUUUAUAUCUAGUUCAGUCUUCUUUACCCUGCCUAAGGCUUGAUUGAUUUAAUAUUGUUUAAUGUCCUGCUCGAGAAUAUUUCACUCAUAUGGAGACGUCACCACUACCGGUGAAGGGCUGCAUAAUUUAGGCCUAUGCUCAGCGCUUACCGGCUGUUGAGAAGGGAGAGAUCCUUAUCCGAAGGACCCGAAUGGCUAUGUAGGCACUAGAUCAAUGUUCAUUAUAUCUGCGGAAAUAUACGUUAGAUAUUUGUGAAUUGGCCCUGCCCUGUGCAAGUCUCUUACAGAAGUUAGCUCCUUAGCUUUUGAGUACAACGGCACAGGAUGCUACAACUAAGUAUUCAAAGGUUCAAUACUGAUCCCAUUGGUGCAAAUAUAUUACAUAUUUGUUACUAAACCCUUUUCAGUUGAGAAAAAAGAUGUGUGAAUGCAAAUUUGGAACGGGUUUGGCAGUGAGUAUUUUUUGUGGUGAAAGGAUUGAUCAAAAUGUUUUAAAUCUGCAUGAUUUUACAGUUUCUGUUUCAUCCAAUAUAUCUUCUAUUUUAGAACUUAUAUACGUGUAUUUCAGUUUCACAAUUUAUGAUACAAAUAGUUGAGAUUUGGAACUAGUUAAAAUGUUGUAAUUUAUUGAUUUAAUUUGGUCGAUAUAUUUUUUUUUUCAAAUAAAACACCAAUUCGUAUGAAAGUUUGAACAAUUUACUCGACAGUUUGUAUAAAAAACAGUAUUUUUGCGAGUAAUUUAGAAUUGUGAUCUCUAAGCCUCACUUUUUAAAGUUCCAUUCUAGAAUAUAAGACAAGACCUUGAUAAUAAUGUGAAAUUUUAGAAAUUGACAUUACUCCUAAUAUGUCUUUUAAAACGCAAAUUUGAUAACUUGAAAUUCUUCGUACAUGUAUAUUAAGUGCAGAAAGGUCAUUAUUUAUUUCCAUUUCUAGUAUCAAACUUUUUUGAUCUGUCGUAUUAGAAUACACGAUUUUGUAUCUAUUUUAUGUAAUGAUGGGUUUGUGUUGCUUAUGCUGUGUUGACAUCAACAUGCAAAUUGAACAUAUCUCGAGUAUAUUUUAAGUGCAAAAGAUCAUGUUUAGAACACUGUAACUCAAUAACAAAAAUUGCGACCCAAGAUAUUCUUUUUAAUUUCCCUACUCCCCUUCAAUGUAGAAAUAAAAAAUACACCUUCCAAGAUUUGGCAGUGCUCCAAAUUUCACGUGCGAACCUCUUUAAACGAAUUAUAGAAAAAAAUGGAAAUGAUCAUUCUUUGUAGCGGAAGGAAUUCUUAUUGAUAUACAUGAUUCUACGAUUUAUAAUUCAUCAAAUAUGUGUUAUACAUCCAUUUAUGGCGCAUGACAUGUACUAUAGCAAUUCAAGUUUGAAAUGUACGUAACAAAUAAGACUCAGAUGUUGUAAAGAACAAGAGCCACGAAUACCCAAAUAUGGCCCUGUGAUUUUGAGUAAAAUAAAGUAUCUUCAUUCCAAUAUUUCAUCAUGGUAUGAAAUAGCUUAGACCUUCUUCUUUAUAAAUCCAGUUUGUUUUUUCCGCGAAAAUUCACGCAUAUAGAAAUUAUAACAUGCAGAACCCAUAACAGUUGUGUUAUUUUUGUAAAAUCUGAUAAUAUCCAACAAUAUGCACCAAAAAAUUGUAUAACCCCCGGGCAUCGAUCCAAUAAAUAUUAAUGAAUUGUAAAUCAGUAUAUUACAUACUGCAUAGAAGUUCAGAGUGUUUUUGGAUCGAGGACUGGGGGAUAAGUGAAUUUUUACUUUUUAUGUUCUGCAAAUAACCGGAAUUUCACAUUCCAUGCACUUUCCAAACUAUAGGUUUAAUACAAAUCGUAAUAUUUAAAUAUUAUAGUUGGGGAUUGUUCCAUUGUCUUUUUACGAAACCAGUAAUAUUCAAAGUUAAUAAAAUAUGAUUAUUUCAAACAAUAUUGUUGAAAUAAAACCGGAUCCGCGCCAUCGUCGGAAUCGGGCUAUGUACAUCAAUCGAUUUUGCCCCCAAAAUUUCAAAUAGAUUAUAUGCUCAAUUUAUGAACUUGAAUAUAUAUGUAACCAUGUUAGGGAUAGUUACAAAAACCUUGCACUAGUUAACAGUUUUAGUUAUUUGAUCAACCAAUUACGAAGCUAAGUCCUCCAAUCCACUCCAGAUACAAUCGAGAUCCACCCAUCGUCUGCGCCGCGCCUUUACUUCCACUCAUUUUCGUUAUACGUUAUCACACUAUAUAUAUUUUAAUUAUCUGAAGGCCGUUGAAUUUAAUAAAUAUCUGGCUUCACAUGUUUCAUCUCCGUGCAUUCAGUUUUCUUGGCACUGAUCAGCAUGUUGAAAUCGCUGUCGCAGUACAUAAAAAGACUUGGAGGAUCGAGGGGUGCCUAACUCGAUAGGCUACUUAGAUGCGAAGAUAUAUUGGCCUAUCCCGUAUUGUUUAAUGGUUUCUAAAGUUAUAGUACAAUAUAUGGGUACCAGAAAAAAAAAUUAGGCGUCCACAUAACAAUAUAAAGAAUAGACUGUAGGCUACAAGUCUCUGAGCUACAGAUCUACAACAUUCGUUCCAUUGUUUACGUGUUACAACCGAUUUGGACAUACGUUAUCGGGUACCGUUAUAUUUCGACACACAGCUAUUCCGGUCCAUUGCAUAUUUCAUCCGUCAGAAAUCAAUAUAUAGAAAUACAUACAAAUAUGAAUACGAAACAUAUAUCUAGCAAUAUGGAUCUUGUUUUGCUUUUAAAUGAAAUUCAUUGACAACCAGAAUUACAUUUGAUCUAAUUAGCAAAAAUACAAGGCAGUUAAUAAAAAGGGAUAAUAAUAAUGAAUAAUUCGAAAAUGAAAAAAAAAAAUAAUGUAAAAAGAAUGUUAACGAAAAUAGUGUAUAUUUCAUUGUUUCAAUUAUAUUUAUCAUGGAAAAUUCAGUCUUAACAGCAAAUAUUCAAAACCACAAAUCUUUUAACAAAAUAAAAAAGACAAAUGGAAAAAAGAAGACGAUAUCAUUAAUACUGAUUAAAAUAGAGGUGAACAUAUGAAUCACACUCGUUCCUGAAGUAAAAGUUGAUGUAUUUAUUUUUUAGAUAUAUUAUCCUACAUAAUUAAGUAAAAUAUUACUAAUCAUUAUAGAAGGAAGAACUGAACACAUUAUUAAACCACUGUCCUGCUUAGGAAGUGUCUGAUAACGGAAAAAGGUUUCCCUCAUGCAUUUUAUGUAAGAUAAGAACUAAACCUAAUGACAGGAAGAAAUGUGAAAGUGUUAAGAUAAGCAAAUUUUAUGGAGUUAACCCCUUGAUUGAUAAAAUUCUUGUUUCUAUUUAUGUGAAAAUAACAUCCGCUUAAUUUUGUUUGCACACUAACCAAAUAUAUGCGAGGAGGGAGUUUGGUUCUACUAUAUGUAGCAGUAUCAGAAUAAGACUUUUUAAUUAAUGAAUUCGUUUCAUAGAUGUUAUGGAGUUAAUGAUAAUAAUUAAGGCAUUUUGAAAUACACACAGGUCUAGAUAUUAUUGUAAUAAAUCAUCCGGAUAGGAAACUAAUGAAAUUAGAUAAAUGGAACAUAUUUUACGUGAACAUUUUCUUAGCCUAUUGUAAAAUAAUUAGUAAUCCAUAUGGCUAAACUAAAUGUUCAUGUGUUGUUCUGUACAUGUACGGCUACUUUUAUAACAGUUUCCCUACCCCCCCCCCACCCACCCCCCC